GACUAGCUCUUAACUCAGACGAUAUGGGUGUAAAAGAUCUUUGGAGUAUACUGGCUCCUGUCAAGGAACACAAGCCACUAGAUUCCCUUGCCUCACAGACAAUCGCUGUUGACCUAAGUAUGUGGAUAUGUGAGACGCAAUCCAUGAAGGAACUCCAAGGCAAGGUGGCCAAACCUCAUCUGAGGAAUCUCUUCUUCCGUGUUUCACAUUUGUUACGUAUUGGAGUGAAAUUGGUUUUUGUAACAGAAGGUGACCCACCAGAGCUGAAAUGGGAAGCCAUUCAAAAGAGAACACAGCUCCGUUUAGGACACAGAGGCCAACACAAGGGAACAACUUCAAAGCCACCUAAAAAGCAAACAAGGUCACAUUUCAAGGCUGUCGUUCGAGAGUGCUGUGAGAUGCUAGACUAUUUGGGUGUGUCUCAUAUACAAAGUGCAGGGGAGGCAGAGGCAAUGUGUGCACACCUUAAUCACCAAGGAUUGGUGGAUGCAGUUAUAACAGAGGAUGGUGAUGCCUUCCUUUAUGGAGCAAAGAAGGUGUACAGAAACUUCACCAUGAACAAUAAGGAUCCUCAUGUCGAAUGUUACAGUCUAGUUGAUAUUGAAAACACACUGGACCUCAGUAGGGAAAAACUUGUAGCGCUUGGUAUCUUCCUUGGCUGUGAUUACCUCCCAAAAGGGGUGCCUGGUGUUGGGAAAGAACAAGCGAUGAAACUUUUACAGUCUUUUAAAGAUGGCAGUGUGUUUGAUAGAUUGCGAUCUUGGAAAGAUGAUAGAAGAUUAGAUGAUUUAGAGAAGAUGUUCCAGAUGAAGAAAGUAUCACAUUGUACAACUUGUGGACACCCAGGAUCAUCUAAGGAGCACAAGAAGUCUGGAUGUAAGAGGUGUGAAAGUGAUACCUAUUGUAUGCCCAGUGACUACGACUUCACUUGCUCAUGUCAGUGGCAUGUUGCUAUAGGAACCAAAGAAACAUGGGGACUUGAAAUUUCUGUGCGAAAGAAAGCUCUUUUGUCAGCAGAUUUCCCACAUGAAAAAGUUAUAGCUGAAUUCCUCCAAGCAAUACAAAAAGUCAAAAGAGGUAGAAAAUUUGAUUGGAAUCGACCAGAUUGGUUAAAACUGCAACCAUUCAAUUUGAAAACAUUGGAGUGGCCCGAAGAGUAUACAUUAGAGAAAGUGUUACCCCUAACUACACUAUGGGACAUGAGGAAUAUCAUAUCUGGUGGAGCCAGAGAUCAUCAUCUCAAGCCCAUAUGUAUCAUUAAGUCUAGGGUGAGACAGGGUGUUCCCAGUUAUGAGGUACAUUGGCACAAAUUGGAUACGGAUCCACUAACUGUUGAAGACCAUUAUACAACUAUUGAAUCUGCAGAGCUUUUUGCCAGAUCCUUCCCUCAACUUGUUGAUAGAUAUGAAACAGAACAACUUACCAAAAAGCCAGCAAAGAAACGUCCUGUAAAGCCAAAGAAAACUGUUGAGACUAUCAAUGCUGAUAUAGGUGGCAAUCCUGCCGAGAUCGACAGUAUAACUGAACUCAUGAGUGAUCUGAGAGUUCAAAACUCAGAUUAUGAAAACCGCUCAAAGAUUCAAAAACAAUUUAAUGAUGCAAGUCAGAUCGAUGUUCAUGAACCAGUAGAGACCAUGAUCAAGAACAUUUCUGAGUGUAGAGUGCCUCAUCUCAGAGUCUCCAAUUCUGAUGUUCAGAUCUUACCUGGAAUGAAUCAAGGGCAAAAACCUAAGAUCCAACCAAAAUCUGAGGAAACCUUCACUUCUAACAAAAGUUUAGAAUUAUCGAUGGAUAAAAAAGCCAGGGUGAAACCGCAUCAUGAAAAAAAAUUAAACACCCCAGUUGAUCAAAUAGACAUAAGCAUAGCGAUUGAACUACCAACUGUAAAGACUAGAAGAAAACCAAGUAAAGUUAAAAAAGAUGGUAUCACACUAAAAGUCAAGGAUGAAUCAAAAAAAGCUGCACUUCUUGCGUUACUCAACUCUGACACAAGUGAAGAUGAUGAUGAUGAUGUAUUUCCUGUUGUUAAGGAAACAGAUGAUAUUAAUGACAUAGCAGAUCUUUUAAAUGAAGAAGUGACGAUGAAACCAUAUAUGCAUGGAAGUGAUCCAUUUGAUAAUAACAAUGAUCUUCUUCCUCUUAGUCAAAGGUUGAAGCAUAAAAAGCAUGAUAAAGUGAAAUGUUCCGCUAAUGAGUGCAAUUCUUAUAAACUAGUUAAUUCAAAGAUCGGUUCAAAGAAAACAAGUAAACAGAACCCAAAUGAUAAAGACUGUGGUGUAAUGACACAUAUAGAAUCCUUAGUUGGUAAUAUGUCAAUUAACUCUCAUGAAAUAGAUUCAAGAAGUCACCCAAAACCUGGUCAAAGAGACAGUGUGCCGUUCAUAUUUUUAGACACUCCAGACCAAUCAUCGAUUAAUUUACACACAUUUCCAAGUGAGACAGCUAAUGGGCAAACAUUGAUCAAUGACUCCCUAGAUGUCAGUACUCCUGUAACAACCAGCCACAAAGAAGGAUUCACAAAGGACUGUAGAAUGAGGAAUUUAAGAAUCGCAUGUUUAUUGGAAAAAUCAAAUCAAAAUUUUGAAAAACUGAAUGAUCUAUCUCCACCUAGAAAUGAUCUUCUAGAAGUGACCAAUCAAUGGACACCUUCACAGUUUGGUGAUUUUAAAAUUGAAUCGUCAAUGAUGAGUAAUUUAAGUAUGGUUUCUGACUACAUGGGUUCAAAAACUCCUGGUUCAUAUACACCAGGACAAUACAAACUGGGACAUAAUACACCAAGUUUGAAUACAUCCAUGCAUACAUUGACAAGCCAUUUGAAUCAAGAUCUAUCUAUUCAUAUGCAUACAUAUGACGGUAAAGACACAGGUGACUCAAUUCAGAGUCAGCCUUCUCAGGAAACAAGCAAAGAACCCCCCUCUCCGAAGCAGAGUCCAACACAUAUGAAAUACCAUGCAAAAGCCACUAGUGAAGUUGAGUGCAUUGACACAGAUGGAGGCUUUAUUUUAGACAGUCCAAAUAUUACAGAAUCUGAACAACAUCGAUUUGACUCUCCAGUUCAGGGUCCAACAAAUACAAUGGUCUCCCACAUAAAAUUGUUAGAUACUCAAUAUAUUAGAAGUGGGCAAAAAAUGAACAUUAUUAAGAAUGCUAUUGAAGAAGUUUAUUCUGAAACCGAGCAUGAUCAGAUUGAUAACAAAGAAAACAUUGAACCAGAAAGUUCUCUAACCAUAAUGGACAACAUCAACAAGAAGACAACAAAGAAAGUUAUAUCGACUGAAACUCCAGUAAGACUCACAUUGACGACGAUUGGGCUGACAUUCUGUAGUCUGUUCCAUCAUCAAAUCUUAAGUAGACUCACAGGUACAAACAAGACAUCGAAGAUGUCUGUGAGGGAUUAUGUAGGCUGCUAUGAAGGUCUAGAUGACCUCAUGUUGGAUGGAAAUAAAUAUGUUUGUAAACUGGAACCCAAAUGGGCAAAGAAGGCCAAGGAUGAGUUGAACGAAGAUCCAAAGGAACGAGACGCAGCUGUGGAUCAGCUUAGACAGUGGAUCAAACAGCAACCACAUUAUUCUGUCUGCACAGAUUCAAUCUUUUUGCUACAAUUUCUAAGAAGAUGCAGGUACAGUCAGCUUGAGGCCAGGACCAUGUUUGAUAUUUUCCAUAGCAAAAUAUGCAGCCAACUCCCAAGCUGGAUGUGUAACAUUGACACCAAGAGUUCUGCUAUGAAAACAUUAUUCCUCAAAGAAAUGCCUAUGAUCAUAUUGCCGGAGAGGGAUAGUGAGGGGCGCAGGAUAAUAUUAUGGAGAGCGGGUGGUUACCAGACCGGAAAGGAUUGUGGGUAUAACGUUGGCGAUCUCUUUACUUAUAUUGGAAUCAUAUAUAUGACUAUCAUGAGAGAAGAGAUGACCCAGGUUAAUGGGUUUACCAUUUUGCAAGAUGGAACUGGACACGCAUUAAAGCACACGACUUUUGUUGGCGCUGAGAACAUAAAAAACGCCGCAAUUAUCUUUUACAAUAACUUCCCUGCACGAGUCAAGAAUGUUUACAUGUACAACAUGGGAGCAUUUAUGGAAGCUCUUGUCGCCAUCUUUUGGCCGUUCUUAUCAACUACGUUAAAAGAAAGGUUCAGCUACUUUUCUAACUUAGAGGAACUUUAUAAGAAAAUCCCUAUGGAGUUAUUACCAAAGGAGUACCUACCAGAUGACUACACAGGUCCUCAUGCUGGGACUAUAAGCCAAAUAUCUAGUUACUGGUAUGAUCGCCUUACGUCAUCAGAGCUUCACAAACGAAUCAAGACAUUGAGCACUACACAGUUCAAAGUCGAUGAGAAGAAACGACCCAAAAAGGGACAAGAUGAUGAAAUUGCAAGCUUCAGAAAACUCAACAUCAGUUGA